UUACGGUGUUUCAAAAUUCAUCGAAAAAACAAGACUCAGCGUUUGCGUUCACACACACGGACAAUACAAGAAGCGAUUGAAAGAACAAAGCGUGCUGGCCAGAACAGUUAUUUCGUUGAAAAUUACACAAGAAUAUCGAAUUAGAGAUCGUAAGUUGCCUGCGUAUUUAAUUAACAUGGAUCUGGAAAAUAAACGGAAAAGUUCCGAGAGGAGCUUUGAUCCCGACUCCGAUUAUGCUGUAAUAAGGCGCAUAAAGAUGGAACCAGAGACAAUCUUUUCGUCCUCGGACGACGAUAUUAUGGCGCAAUUGCAACACGACGGAUCCGAUUUGGAGGAACCCCAUUUUGCGCUUGAAGAAGCAACGAACGGCGAUUAUUGCAACGACGGAAUAUUGAUGCAGCACAUGGACAUAAGAGAACCAUUAUCAAAUCUGAGAGCACUUCUGGAGGAGAGGCUCUCUAUAGAUUUAAAGAACUAUGAAUUUUGGCUCCAAAAUGCACAAAUGCUGGAGUGUCAUAAAAACUUGGUUGACCAAUGUAUCCAAGGAGAGGGAUUGGUUCAGAUCAAUGUUCAAGUAAAACCUAUGCUAAAACGCAUUAAUAUAGUAGAUGUUCUUAAGCCAGCAGAAGAUUUUGUUGAAGUUGUGGAAAAUAAUUCACCAGUGCCUAGCAGUCCAGAAAACAAACGAACUGUCAUGAGAUGGAUUGUAGAUGAAAUGUAUAAGAAGGAACAGGAACGAUUGAAAAUACCACUUGAUCCAAAAGAAUGGUCAGAAGCUCAUGUCAAGCAUUGGGUACAGUGGGCUGUAAGGCAAUUCAACUUGAUGUCGUUGCGGCUAGCUGAUUGGAACAUAACUGGUGCGCAGCUGUGUGAUCUUACCUUAAUUGAAUUUCAAAAGAAAGUGCCUCUUGAUCCGGGUGAUGUGUUUUGGACACAUUUUGAGCUUCUUAGAAAAUGUAAAUUUGUCGCUGUGAUACAAAAAGACGCUCCUGAAUCGCCCGAUGAAGACGCUACGGAGAAACCCAUUAAAAUGCGAAAUCAAAAAGCAGCAAAGCCAAAGACCGUGGUAAAUCACGUGUCUCGAAUAACGUUGCCCGAAAAUGUCGACUCACCUUACAGUCGUAGUAGCAACGGCGGCCAAAUACAACUUUGGCAAUUUUUAUUAGAAUUAUUAACGGACAAAGAAUAUGUAAGUGCGAUUCAAUGGGUGGGAGACGAAGGAGAAUUCAAACUCAACCAACCAGAAGCGGUGGCGCAAUUGUGGGGAAUGCGCAAAAACAAACCAUCAAUGAAUUACGAGAAGCUGAGCAGAGCUUUACGAUAUUAUUACGACGGUGAUAUGAUCUCCAAAGUUCAGGGCAAGCGGUUUGUUUAUAAGUUUGUUUGCGAUCUGAAGCAAUUGCUUGGUUACUCGGCUGCGGAACUGAGUAGACUUGUUGACGAAGGCAGACGGUAUUUCUGAUGAAAUAACACGUUCUUAGAGACACAGUUACUAGUACAGUUAAUAAUAAUUUUCAUUGUAAAAUA